AGAUGGUGUCCGGUCGUGUGUGAGCGAACGUCGUGUGCGACGGCUAGUGCAAAAUUUCCCAGUGUUUUUUUGGCUCUCAGGAUGACCCGUGCGGACGCUCCAAAUUGCCAAUUGCAUCGCAUCUAUGUGGGACUUGAAACCUCUGUCUAGAUUCGGCUGACCAGCGGAAGGAGCCACUAGUGACCCGGUGAUGGCAUCGUCAGCGGGGGCGCCCCCGGGCUCUCCCGAAGGUGGUGGCGUGCUGCCCACCCGGCGCCACCCGCUGGCCGGGGGCCGCUUUUCUCUGCGACGCCUUCUCGGUUCCUCGUCGUCGUUUCUCAACCGGCGCAACUUCGGCCGCUCCUGCAGCUCCCCCCACGAUGCCGAACAGGCUGUCCGGCCCCCGCAGCGGAUGCCACCACAGCAGCAUAGGGACACGCGGAGGAAUAGCGGUGGCAGCGGUGGUGCAGCGUCUCGGCUGGGCGCCGCCGAGCGCCAGGGCAGCUCGGACACCGAGUCCCUGUGGAGCUGCGGCGGCGGCCUGCUCGAGUGCCCGCUUUGCCUGCUUGAGGCACCGGCCGAGGCAUUCCCACGACUUGCAUCGUGCACGCACCGGGCCUGCGCCGACUGCCUGCGCCAGUACCUGCGUGUGGAGAUAUCCGAGAGCCGGGUGAACAUCGCCUGCCCCGCCUGCUCGGAGCCCAUGCACCCGAGCGACAUUCGGCGCCUGCUCCAGGAUGAGCUCAUGGUGGCCAAGUACGAGAGCUUCAUGCUGCGCCGCGUCCUCGUCACCGAGCCAGACGCCCGGUGGUGCCCUGCACCAGAUUGCGGAUACGUGGUGAUAGCGAGCGGCUGUGCCAGCUGCCCCAAGCUGCGCUGCGAGCGUCCCGGUUGCAGCACGGCCUUCUGCUACCACUGCAAGCAAGAGUGGCACCCCAACCAGACCUGCGAUGCUGCCCGGGCGCAGCGCGCCUCCAGGCCUGCCACCAAGGCCGGCCCGACCCUGGGGUUCCCCCACGAUGAGGGCCUGCAGCGGGACGACAUCAAGCACUGCCCCUGCUGCAAGGUCUUCAUCAUCAAGAUGGACGACGGGUCGUGCAACCACAUGACGUGCCGCCUGUGCGGCACCGAAUUCUGCUGGCUGUGCAUGAAGGAGGUGUCGGACCUGCACUACCUGAGCCCCUCGGGCUGCACCUUCUGGGGCAAGAAGCCCUGGAGCCGCAAGAAGAAAAUCCUCUGGCAGCUCGGCAUGCUCGUCGGCGCACCCGUCGGCAUCGCCCUCAUCGCGGGCAUCGCCGUGCCCGCCAUUGUCAUUGGCAUUCCCGUCUGGGUUGGACGAAAGCUGCACUCCAAAUAUGACCUGCGCACCACGAGCCGCCUCAAGCGGAAUUUCGUGGUGACAAGUGGCGUGGUGGCCUCGUUCCUCGUGUCUCCCAUCAUCGCGGGCAUUGCUGUCGGCAUCGGCGUCCCCAUCCUGCUGGCCUACAUCUACGGGGUGGUUCCAGUGUCCCUGUGCCGUUCUGGUGGCUGCGGUGUCACCACUUCGGCGUCGGGGGUCCGCAUCGAGUUUGACGAGGAAGGCGAGGGCGUGGGCGGAGUCGGCAGUGGGUCCUGUGGGGUCGCGGCUGAUGGUGCGAGCGUGGACACUGCUGGAGGCAUUGCCCCGGCCAGCAUCGGCGAGGCAGCCUCCCUGGGAAUGUCAGGGGGCAGCCCCAGCCUCGGCUCGCACCUGGACACGGUGGCGGGCGCAUCUAACACAGCGAUUGCUGGCCACUCUCUCACCGGAAGCAUCGCCUCGGCCAGCGCCCACUCCCACCGGCUGGAAGUCCAGGCGGAGGUGUCGUCGAACAAGCGCUUCAGCCUGAGCAGCCACAGCGAGACGGCCUCUGCCACGGUCAGUCUCAGUGACCGCUCGGCCAACAUGUCUGGCCUGGCGGACGACGCGGCCAGCACCCGGGCCCUUGCAGGUUCCAUCGUUGGAUACAGGGAAGGCACUCUGGCGGCGCCCGUGGAAGUGCACGUUGACCCCUCGGAAGAGUCAGACUACUGUCGCCAGUGCCGCAUCACUCACCGGCCCUGCUGCCCCAAUGCCCUGCCCUCCAAUCCGCUGCAGCAGCUGCCACACUGCGAGUGCCUCGACACUGCCAGCGUUACCAAAGUGCAGAUUGAGUGAGAGAGAGGAGGAGACAGCAGCAGCAUUGCCAGUUUGCCCCCCACCGCCGUGUCAUGCUUGGUCAUCAUCAGUGCACUUGGCGGUGGGCAGCGCGUUAGCAGCUCUCGGCCACCAAGCUGCAGCAUCGCGGAGCACCGUCCUUGAAGCAUGACGAGUCUCGGGACAGGCCAAAAACAACGAAACUGUCAGAUGGCUCCUGCGUCUCACGCAUGAUCACUCUUUCGCUGCACCAUAGCAUGCAGGGCUGUUACAGUGCGCAUUUCCUUGUCACGUUACCCCAGACAGCGGCACGCAACUGUAGUUGAUGUAUGGAACAAAUUACACGCCGGUCGGCCGGUGCGGGGUGUGUCGUGGAACCAAGUUUGGACAUGUCUACCUGGCCCAUUAGUCACCGGGCAAAGCUUGUUUGCCAUGUUGUGCUAUGGAUUUCCCUAAGCUGCCGCAUUCCUCUUGACGUCAAGAGGAGCAGGUCAUCGUCAUGGCCCAGAGUCCAGUUCAAGCACAACUUGCGGGAUAUCGUGUGUCACUCAACCUGUGCAGCCGCAUUCAAUGCAGCUGUCUAUUUGAAGAACGCCCUGUACUGCUUGAGAACAAAAAUGGGAUUCCAUACCUUUCGAGUUUCCCGAAUGAAGACAACUGUUGGCUGUUUGAAAUGUUGUGGCAACAGAAGUGGCAAAGCUAGUAGACAGAACAUUUCUUUUGUCAUUGUGUGUGUGUGGGCAGUUGACAAGAUCUGUCAUAGGUUCACAGCCUCUCUGACCUUGAUCAGGCAUUGUUAUAGCCUGGAGGGCACGAGACUGGCUGUUCCGUCGCAGUGGUUCUGCUCUAGUUGUGCAGGGCAGAAGACUGAAAAAAGAAAGAAAGAGCGUGUGUGCCGGAGAAGCUAAGGCUGUCAUUGUUAAGCAGACAAGCAAAAUGCUACAAGAAUGGCUCACGUGGCAAGGGCUCGUACGUGGUGGUGCGUGUCAACCGACCGAUUUUAUGGGCACAGCAGGCAACACAUUCAUUUGGUGCUAAAGAUGCAUUCAACCCUGCACGCUUGAGCAAAGACAGAAGGAGCUGUGUGGAAAGCGCUGAUGCUGCCAGUGUCAUGUAACAACUGGCGACUGCUUUCUUGCACACAUGAAGCUGCGCCAUCUGUAGUGCCAGUUUUAAAUGUGCUCCUGGAUGGCGUUGCCAUCUUAUGCCCUCAGCAUUGGCGGUUUGUCAAGAGAGCUGUGCCAAGUGUACCAGCUGACAAGACUAUCCAAGUGGUUUGUUUGGCUAACAUCUGGUGUUGUUCACAGUGUUGGAAUGGACCGGGAGGUUUCUACCACGCCAGCUAGGGCAGACUACUUUGUGCGACAGUUGCAGACACGUUUAAGCCACGUCUUUUGCAACGUUGCAUAGACAGUCCUUCCAAACAAGUGGGAUUGCUGCCUGUCAACUUGCUUGGUCAUCAAAUCUCUCGUAGUGUGGGCAAGAGUGGAGAGAAGAAAAAAAAGUUUUCCCCGUUUGAGGUUAUAGUCAUGAAUGUGUUCCGGACGUAGUGUCAUCACCCAAUGUAGAAAUUUGUUGGAAACUCUACGGAUGUAUAUUCAAGUGUAUCGACCUGAGGCAUAGCGUGCGCAGUUACAGUCGCUGCCGCUGUUGCUGGCCACUGUGUGUGUGCUGUGUGUCUUUUGCCAUGGUAAGAGUGGUUCUUGUGCAUUGGCCUCUUCUUGCAAUGUGUGCAUAGCUUUCCUUGUUUUUUUUUUUUUUUUCUUGGCUGUGAAAAAAAAAUGUUCCAGUAAGUAAAGAUGCCGGUUGUUUUGUACAGUGUAUAAAAAAUUUGUUGGUUGUUUGGUGCUUCCAGUGUUUAAUUAUGGCAGCCAAACUGACUGUGCUGCAGCCGAUUUUGUUUGCUUCUGCAAGAGACGCGCGUUGAUACUCUGCCGAUGCUCGUCUUUAUCAAUUCUCGCGCUACGUAAUACUUUUUUCUCUCCUCUAGUGCAUUUCUUUCAUUCACUCUCUUGGGUGAUGAAAGUGUCUCUUGCUGUCUUUCCCUGGCCGCAUUUAGCGACCAACUUGCUUGAUGUAUCUUAUCUCCUCUCUUCCAUUGGUUCCCUGUUCCUUACAUAAUUUAAAAUUCCUCUUCAAGUGAAAGAGAGCUUGGGCUGUGGCCUAUCUGUAGGUAACCAGUCUUGAGUGGUGUCUAGUUGUGUGCAGCAUAUGCUCAAGUGCUCAACGCGUCAUGUUUUGCCAUCACUGCAGUUUUAAGGGUGCGGUUUUGAGGUGCGCCCGCAGCCUACACCAACGUUUGCCAACUGUCGUGUUACUAUAGUCCCAACGGCAAAACUAUGCUCCCUAUCCAAGUUGCAUUGUGCGUCGCAGAUGCCAAUUCCACGUUUGGCUGUUGGGGAGUGGCCAGUUCUCUCUGCCAUUUUGCCGACUCGGAUGUUUGCUCUAGAUGCAAGUCUUACUUGGGUCGUUCGGUAAUUUGUUGCAGGGCCCUCUGUGCCAUAAAGUGCCAUAAGUUUUGAGCUGUUAACCUCGCAACUUGUCAGAUAACAUUCAGGGAGUUUGACAUAUUGUGCGAGAUUAUUACUCGUCUGCGGUGUUAUAUCUUGGUGCGCUGGCAGUAUAAAGGUCACUUGGAAGCCUCCUGGUUACUUUUCUGCCUCUUCAGAUAAUUGUUUCAUAAUGGGGUAACUGUAUGAUAAUUUUUGUCCCAUGCAAGCACAUGAGGUACUUGCUGCAAGCCAGCACUCUUCACAGACCUUUUCCUGCAUCUAUAACUGGUUAUCUGUUUCUCUUUUUUUUUUCUGGGCAUUGAAGACAUUGCUUAAAUGCUUUCAUUUCUGGCCAAGGUUGGUCACUUUUGCACUCUCUGGUGGCAUCGCUGUACUGUCGUGUUAAUGUUACCAAAUAUCUUAUAUCUUGUCAUGCAUGUCGUUCGCUGCGAGUGCUUCACAUUGCAGCCAGAUGAAAGGGUUAAAUUGAGUCGUUUUCACACGGGAGACUGUGUGCAGGCCAAACAAUUUCGCAAAAGCCUGUUCGAUGGCCUUGCUUCGCAGCUUCACGGUCGUAGUUACACCACAGUAUCACGUGAAAGAAGUCGCAUUGGUUAAGACUGUACGGCUUAGAGAACAUUAGCCUAAGGUAGGUAGAUGGCUCUGUGGCUUAUUGGUGGUUUCCUGGCAUUCUGAGCACAAGGUCUUGCUUAAUGUACUAUUGGAAUGAAGUAUAGUUUUAGGCGAUGUGGUUUCCAUGAAAAACUUUCUGUGCAGUUCAUACCUGCAGCUAGUAAAACAGUACACCAUGGUGUCGGCCGCACAGUGCACUACCAAGUGCAGGCUGCAAUUUUAAAUUCAAAAAGCUGCACGCCUCGACUGCAGAAAGCUCUGCCUUCACACAGACUGUACACCUUGUAAACUUUGGCACCUAGGGUACUAUUUGCCAGGAGUUCUUGGGCCAUUGCAUGCAUUACCAGUAAUAAUGACGCUGGGUCCUGCAGUAGGAUUUGCUGAGUAUCUUCAGUGCUCCAGCAACUUUAGGUUGCAAGAACUCUUUCAUGACUUUCAAGUCAAUGGAGAUCUGCAGGAGCUCCACUGCUUAGCGACAGCUGUGGUGAGGCAUGCAUUUGCCUUGGAACUCUUGGCCUAGGCGGUACGUUUGCUCUCUUCUCAUGAACAAAUUGGAACCGAGAAAUUUCUCGCUUGUGAAAUGUCCAGCAGAAAAAAAAAGAAAAAAAAACCUGAAGGAACUAAAUGAUGGAUGUUAUUUUGGGCAUAAGUAUUGUCCAUGUUUGUUUGUCUUUCAAUUGUACCGUAUGGCCCUGGGCGAGACCUUCCAAGUUGGGGUGGUGACUGAUGCGUGCUUGUGGCUGUGGACGUGGCCCGGAAGCACCUGUGUGUCAUGCUCUUAUGUGGAGAGACGGUGAACUGCCCUGGCUGGGAAGCUGUGCCCUGAGGAGGCUGCCCUCGUGCCCUCCUCCAUAUGAAGGGUGUGCGGAUAUGUGUUGUAUAAUCUAAUGUUUGUAUUCUUGUACAGCCGUGGCUUGUGUGGAACACGCAAAGGGAAAACAACUGCCAAUCUACUGUGGCGCCCCCUUUCGUCCCUCUGCUGUGGCAGGCGAGGGCCGUGAGGGAGGUCACAUUGAUGUACAAAGCUGGUUACCCGCAGGCGCUGUGGUGCGUGUGCGUGCGUGUACACUGUGAGUGUGUGUGUAUUUAUAAUUGAAAUUAAACGAAUAAAAUUGCUAUUUCCACGGA